UAGAGGCUGGGACUUGAAGCCGGGGUUCCGCAUGCGUAUUGUUUACAGCCGGCUUUCAUGAUCACCAUGGCGGACAGAACACAGCUUGAGGAGUCUGUAAAACUGCAGGGAGAAAAAGUGAGGAAGCUGAAGCAGGAAAAAGCUAGCUCGGAACAGAUUAAUGAGGAAGUUGCAAAGCUGCUUGAAUUAAAGGCACAACUGGGCACGGAUGAUGGCAAACAUAAAUUUGUACUUAAGACGGCUAAGGGAACCCGGGAUUAUAACCCUAAACAGAUGGCCAUCCGAGAGAAGGUGUUCAACACUAUUAUCAACUGUUUCAAACGCCAUGGUGCGGAGACCAUCGACACACCUGUAUUUGAGCUGAAGGAAACAUUAACUGGAAAAUAUGGAGAAGAUUCCAAGCUGAUUUAUGACCUAAAGGACCAGGGAGGCGAAUUGCUUUCUUUACGCUAUGACCUCACUGUUCCUUUUGCCCGUUAUUUGGCUAUGAAUAAAAUUACUAACAUCAAACGUUAUCACAUAGCUAAAGUUUACAGAAGGGACAAUCCAGCCAUGACUAGAGGUCGCUACCGGGAGUUCUAUCAGUGCGAUUUUGACAUUGCCGGCCAGUAUGACCCAAUGAUUCCUGAUGCGGAGUGUCUGAAAAUUGUGCAUGAAAUACUGAGUGAGCUGCAGCUGGGAGAGUUUCUCAUUAAGGUGAACGACAGAAGGAUUUUGGACGGUAUGUUUGCAGUAUGUGGUGUUCCAGACAGUAAGUUCCGAACAAUCUGCUCUUCUGUGGACAAACUAGAUAAGACUCCAUGGGAUGAAGUAAGAAAUGAAAUGGUGGGUGAGAAGGGACUUGCACCAGAAGCUGCAGAUCUUAUUGGAGAAUAUGUUCAAAACAAUGGAGGGUUACAACUGAUAGAGGAGCUGCUGAAGGACCCAAAGCUGUCUCAGAAUAAGCAGGCGUUGGAGGGACUGAGUGAUAUGAAGAUCCUUUUCCAGUACAUGCACCUUUUUGGUGUGACAGAUAAGAUCUCCUUUGACCUGAGUCUGGCUCGUGGGCUAGAUUACUACACAGGUGUCAUUUAUGAAGCGGUUUUGCUUCACAAUCAGGGAGAGUCUCUGCAGCAGAAUGAUCACACAGAGGAAUCGGUCAGUGUUGGCAGCGUAGCUGGAGGGGGCCGUUACGAUGGUCUGGUGGGAAUGUUUGAUCCCAAAGGCAGGAAAGUACCAUGUGUAGGCGUCAGUAUUGGGAUUGAGAGAAUAUUUUCCAUCAUGGAACAAAAAGCUGAGGCUUCGCAAGAGAAGAUUAGGACUACAGAAACACAGAUUUUGGUUGCAUCUGCCCAGAAGAAACUAUUAGAAGAAAGAAUGAAGCUUCUUUGACUAUGGCAAUCUGGAAUCAAGGCAGAAAUGCUGUACAAGAAGAAUCCAAAAUUACUCAGCCAGCUGCAGUACUGUGAGGAGACUGGCAUUCCAUUAGUGGCUAUUAUUGGAGAACAGGAACUAAAAGAUGGAGUGGUGAAGCUAAGAGAUGUGGCAACAAGGGAAGAGAUUGAUGUUAACAGACAAAACCUGUUUGAAGAAAUUUUGAAAAGAACCAAUAAGCAGUAAGAGAUGCUUAAGGACAACAUAUGCACAUAGCAGAAAGAAGGAGCAAGCAAUGAUUCCAGCUUGAGUCUCUGGUGUUGAGAGAUGUUUAAAAGUACCCAGUUACAUAUUUAACCCAUUAUUAUGGAAACAGAGAGUUGUCAUUUGUUUUUCUGUUGUAACAAUAGGACAUUGAAAUUCCAUGUUUAUAAAAUUAAGGCUCUUGCAAAACUUCCCCGAUAAUAAGCUGAUGAUUUCAUUAUUGCAAAGUAAAUGCAGUCUGGCACUGAUUGACAUUGUAAUACUUAGUCGUAGUUUACCAGUUUAAUAUAUAUAAAAAGGCAAUUUCACCAGAGAACGGAUCAAUCAAUGUAUACUUUACAAAAAUAUUUUGAAUAUCUAGACUAGGGGAUGUAAUCCUUUGGGUUUGUGCUUAAAUUAGUGAUAAUCUAAAAAAAAAAGGCCAGGAUUUUAAAAAUAAAAUAAAAAAUAAAGGGAUAUUUAAGAAACAUAAAUUAUUUUUCUUUUAAAUAAAAUAGGAAAAAUAAUUACGUAUUACAAUUGCAGCCUGUGAAAGAAAGUAGUAUGGCGGUAGCCCAGAGGUAAAGUGCCAAAAAAUUUAUUCCAAGUGCCACUUUAUUCACUUGUGCCAAAGAUUUGGCACUCUAGUCUAGUUUUUGUAUUUUAAAUUACUCCACUAUUUUUUAUGUAUUCAUUUGCUGUACGGCAGAAAUACAUGUUAAAGAGACAUAUUAUGCUAAACCACUUGAAAGUUAUGCAGCAUAACUGUAAAAAACUGACAAGAAACUAUCACAUGUAAAAAAAAAAGAAAAGAAAAUAUUUUACCUCAACAUUUCUGCCGCUCACAAGAGUAACUUUUUAGUGAACUGUUGUCUUUCAGCUGCAUGUUUGGGGGGUGGGGGGCAGUGCACAGUUGACACUUUGCUGUGCUGUGAUCUCAAAGGAUUUCAUCAUAAUCUUGCGAGAUUUCAUAGUAAACUUCCUUAAACUGAGGAGGGAAAUAACAUGACUGUGCCUACACAUGCCAGAUGCGCGCUCUCUUCCUAGUCCUGGGAGUAGCAUCCUGAUUGGAUUCUUAAUGGGAUGUGGCUUUUGAGGUAAAAUAUCUUCCUUUUUUUACAUAGAGAUGUUCAGCUGAUAUUCUCUAGUCAGCUAUGCUGCAUCACUUUCAGUUGUUUUUUAUGGUUUUAAAAUUACAUUGUGUUCUUUUAAGGGAUAUUCAAUUUAAAAAUAAAGCUGCUUAUAGAUGUAAACCAAUUUAAUUUUUUUUUAAUAUUCCCUCAAAUGUUAGCUAUAUGAAAUCCAUAGAAAUAAAAAAAUAAUAAUCUGGCAUCAGUGCAUUUUAAGGGGUGGCUUUGCAAGAAUAAAAAAGUUACAUUAAUGGUGGUAUACAUAAUAGUGAAGGUUACUCUGACUAACAUACUGACACGUGUUAUCUGGUGUCUUAUUUAAUACACAGCAGAAUGAUUGCUUUCUUAUUGAAGAGACAAUAAAGUCCAAAUGAAACUUAAAUGGAUUGGAUAGAGCAUGACAUUUGAAACAACUUUUCAACUUCUGUUAUCAAUUUAUCUUAUUUUUCUAUUCUAUGUAUCCUAGAUUAGCUCAGGAGCACGAACGACAUGUUUAGUAGUCUGGCAGCAGUGUUUGUUUAUAGCAAUGUUAUAUACCUGUGUAGUUACAAACACUUCUGGCAUAGAACGCUAAAGAAAUGUGCAUGCUUCUAAGAUACAAUCUGCCUACCUAGGCUUCCUUAUCAACAAAGGAUACUAGGAGAACAAAGUGCAUUUGAUAAUAUAAGUAAAUUGUAAACUUGUUUAAAAUCGCAUGAACUGUCUGAAUUGUGAACGUUUCAUUUUGAAUUUACUGUUCCUUUAAGUUAGAGGGAACAUUGCACUUCAUUGCCACACUGGUUUUGAGACCAAAUAUACCUGCUUUCUGUUGAGCAAUGACUAAAUUAAAAACUGCACGGGGAUCCAUGUAAUUAUAAAAUCUAAAGAAUUGUGCAUCUCUGAGAUGCUGCUCAUGUCAGUGCAAAGAAAUGCAACAUUUAAUAAAAGUGUUUGAAAGUA